AUGAGCGAUCCUUACUCAUUUCAUUACCAUCAGUACCAGAGCAGCGGGGCAGUCCCUGCAUCUAACUACAAUCUGACCCUGUCCCAACCUAGCGCUGUGACCCAUCGUUCUAAAUGCGAUCACGGUCCAUUGCCAUGCAAGGCGGACAAAUCAAAGAAUAACCUUUUUGGGUAUUCAUCAAGACCGGACAAUGAAUAUAAUGGCUGGCCGUCUGCGCCUCCAGUAUCGUAUGAGGAAGCUCGUUCGAACCCCGACGUACCGGACUUCGAGGGAGGGCCACGUUGGACAGGACGAAAUAGAUAUUCACAUUUGAAAGAGGAAGAAGUGAAGUACGGUGCAGAGGAAAGUAGCAAGCCUUCCCAAGUUCCAACGCCGGUCGUUCAGGACAAUUUGUUCGCACAAAUCGGUCAGGUAGCCCCAGGUUGGGAUCCUCAUCAGGUUACCAACCCGACUGUUAGCACUUCGUGGGACCAAUUCACUAACUCGGCGUAUGAUCAUAAUUCGAGCGCUCAAUGGCAGGCGUGGAUAGGCACUAGUCAACAAUCACAUGAGCAAGCGUAUAAUUGGGGCGGAUACUCUAAUCCAAAUCAACCACCUCAAAAUGCUCCAUCCCAGCACUCAUGUGCCCCGGUGGCAGGACCAGCCCCAACAAACUACGGAUCGAUGCAGCCGCAUGACUACAAUACGGUAGAAUACAGCCAAGGCAGCACUAAUUAUCAGCAAGAUACCAAUAAUACUCAGGGUGGACUUGUCGGAAAGGUGACUGGGCUAUUCAAUGAAUCAGUCUUCAAAAGAUGA